CAUGUCGACUGGCGAUGUGCGCCAUCUUGACCAGGAAUAAAAAUCACGGGGGCAAUUCUGCUUGCUCCGAUUCUCACGUCGAACCCAAUCUUCUUACGAUUGACCUGCGCUGUGGUUCAACGGUAGUGUAACGUGCUAGGACUCGGACUAAGCGAGCUCGACGCCGAAUUCUCUGUAGAAACGAAGCAAUGGCAGGGGUCGGUGGAGGGAACGACUUCCAGUGGUGUUUCUCGCAGGUGAAAGGAGCUGUCGAUGAAGAUGUGGCUGAAGCGGACAUUAUCUCAACAGUUGAAUUUAACUACUCGGGGGAAUUACUAGCGACGGGAGAUAAAGGAGGAAGAGUUGUCAUAUUUCAGCGGGAACAAGAGAGUAAAAACCGCCCUCUCUCAAGAGGAGAGUACAACGUGUACAGCACUUUCCAGAGUCACGAACCUGAAUUUGAUUAUUUGAAAAGUUUAGAAAUUGAGGAGAAAAUCAAUAAAAUCAGAUGGCUCCCACAACAGAACGCUGCUCACUUCCUGCUCUCCACAAACGAUAAAACCAUCAAGCUUUGGAAGAUCAGUGAAAGGGACAAACGAGCAGAAGGCUACAAUCUGAAAGACGAAGACGGGCGUCUCCGAGAUCCGUUCCGACUCACGACACUAAGGGUACCAGUGUUGAUGCCUAUGGACCUGAUGGUGGAGGCGAGCCCACGCAGAAUAUUCGCAAACGCACACACGUAUCACAUCAACUCCAUUUCAGUAAAUAGUGAUCAUGAAACAUACCUUUCUGCAGAUGACCUAAGAAUAAACCUAUGGCACUUAGAAAUCACAGAUAGAAGUUUUAAUAUUGUAGAUAUAAAGCCUGCCAACAUGGAGGAGCUGACGGAGGUGAUCACGGCUGCCGAGUGCCACCCUCACCAGUGUAACGUGUUCGUCUACAGCAGCAGCAAGGGCACCAUUCGCCUGUGUGACAUGCGGGCAGCAGCUCUCUGCGAUAGACAUAGCAAAUUUUUUGAAGAACCUGAAGAUCCAAGCAGCCGGUCGUUCUUCUCAGAAAUCAUCUCCUCUAUAUCUGACGUCAAGUUCAGCCACAGCGGUCGAUACAUGAUGACCCGAGACUAUCUCUCUGUGAAGGUGUGGGACCUAAACAUGGAGAACCGGCCAGUAGAGACCUACCAGGUACACGAAUACCUACGUAGCAAGCUGUGCUCGUUGUAUGAGAACGACUGCAUUUUUGAUAAGUUCGAGUGCUGCUGGAACGGAUCAGACAGUGCCAUCAUGACCGGCUCGUACAACAACUUCUUCAGAAUGUUCGACAGGAACACACGGCGUGACAUCACGCUCGAGGCGUCGCGUGAGAACAGCAAACCACGGGCCAUGCUCAAACCUCGCAGAGUGUGCACUGGCGGCAAGAGGAAGAAAGACGAGAUCAGCGUGGACAGCCUGGACUUCAACAAGAAGAUCCUGCACACGGCUUGGCAUCCUAAAGAGAAUGUCAUAGCCGUGGCCGCCACCAACAAUCUGUAUAUAUUCCAGGACAAAAUAAACUAAUGAGUGAGUAUGGGGGAUGGGAAACGAGAGCGUGAGCGAGAGAAUCGAAAUAAAUAUCCCUACCUUCCUCCCCCCUCGGCACACGACGGAAGUACUUUACAUAGUCUAGUCCUUAAAGUCAGUAAGAGAAGCUACAACCUCGUUGCUCCUCCCGGUGCAAGAUCGACCUACUCGUUGAAUUUCCACGGGAACUUUUACGAACGCCCUCCCAAACCCUAUCCACGUAAAAACCAGGAGAAGGCCAACACUCGUCUUGAGCAGAAAUAACAAAACGCAGAGGCCAAAUCGACUUUUCAGCAUUCACAAGCGUUUUUUGUUUUUCUUUUCUUCUAGUCUGAGCCUUCCUUCAUUUGUCCUAUUCGUCAACCCACGUCGUGGAGCACACCGAGAGGAAAGUGCGUAUCCGUCACGGUCCGAACCGCGCACAAGUCUCUGUCGCCUGGAAAUCUCCAGAAACAUGACUGUCAGCAUUCCUCCCCCUGGCCUUAAUCCCAGGCCUUGGUGUUUUAUCUUUUAAGCACUUCAUACAGGUCUCCCUUUUUGGUCAGUGGACAAAUUUAUCUUUUUUUUUUUUUUUUUUUUGGUUAUCUCAUAGUAACAUCUACUCACUGACUGUCGAUAUAUAACUGCACCUUCUGGUGUCAAACCACUUAAUAAAAGUAACAAAACUACAAAGAGAAAGCAUUUUUUACAUUACAAGCAGGUAUGUAUGGGGUUUUUAUGUUGUUUUUGCCUGUUCUACGGAUUCGGGGCACAAGUGAUGAAAUGUGAAGUCAUCCUGCUGAUCUCUAGCCAGCUGCUGAAAGGUGAAGUCCACCUGUACAUCGGUUUUCUCCAGCCUUGUUCGUCAUUCCUUACGAAUCAGUUCUUCACCACUUCAAGAUAUUGGAAAAAUAAACGCAUUUUUAGUCCGCCUGUCAGGAUGUCGGGGCGAGACUACAUUACAUUACUAGAUUUUGACAAAAUGCUUAUCUGGUGGAAACGCAUCCAUAAGCAACUGGUUAGAACGAGAUAUUUCAGUAUAGGACUACUUGAAGCUGCAGUUGCACUGGACAACGAAGGACAUUCGGCCAUUUUAAAUGUCAGUAUUGCUGUUUGCUCUCCGAACGUCUGGCUUUGUCAUGACUCUAAAGGGUGUGGCUUUUUUUUUUUUAAUAAAAGGGACACUGCAGCCUUAAAUCUCUGUAUGACUAUAGAGGGGAAUCCCAUACUGAUGCUCCAUAGUAACCAUAAAUAUUAAAUGGCAUCAUUAACGCCACUCCCUGCCUUGACCCAGGAUAUUUUCCCUAUCAAAACCCCUUACAAUGCAUUAAGUCACUCCAUCCUCCUGUAUGUGCUGCUAUAGUACAUGUGGCUUCGUAUCUGGACACUAACAACUUCUUAUGAGAAACAAAGUACACCUUCUGGAAUUCGGUCCAUCGAAGCAGAGUUUAGUGCCUCGGGGAGGGGGGGAAAAAACUUGCUUUUCCUCCAGUAAGUAAAACCUAUAGUGGCCCAUGUGCUGAUCUGCUGAUCAUGGCAUUCCUGCACAAAUGUAACUUUAGCAGAAGAGUAUUUGUGCAUUAAAUCUUUUUCGUCGGGACAUGGGAUUAACUGAGACAGUUCAGUUUGCACGCUGCUCGAUUUUCUCCAGGCGGCGUUAAAUCAUGUGACCAGACGUCACAAAAAUAACUUGACGGUUCAAGUACAAGUUGUACAGUGGAUUUGUUCCCAAAUUUCUAGUCACAGACAGGUCAAAGGGCGUCCUCUCUCUGGCCUUGUUCCUUGUUAAAUAAUGAUGCUAACGUUGUGGAAGUGUACACUUGUUUGAUUAUUUUUGACCAAAGUUAAAUAAAUUUUAAUUGUGUUUACCUGA